AUGUCGACACCGCCUCCCAAGCGUAAGAAGGGCGGCUUCUUUGGCUGUCGUUCCAAGCAUGCCCUCGACUCUCUUCCACGCAACGCUCGCGGCGACAAUGCCGCCAUCCAUCGUCUCCAAGCUCGCGACGUCUUCCAGCACGGUCCUCGCGCCUCGGACUCGUCAACCUCCACUGCUGCCAUGACUCCACUCACCGAAGAGAAAGGCUUGCAGAAGCUAGCUGAACUCAACCGCACCCAAACAUCGCUUCAGCCGGCGUCACCCCAAUUCACUGCCCCGGUCAAGCCGCUGUACGCCCAAGAGGUGCCCGAGGGCGAGUACGCCGAGUCGACAUUUGGCGAGCAACAGCACCAAUACCACGAUCAGAACAACGAAACGGAAGAGGAACGCGAUAUGUUUGCCGACGAGGUGCUCACUCCCGUCUACGAUCGACCUAGCACCCCGGGCGCCGUCCGCAGCCUCAGUGUCGCGAGCAGGACGGGUCGGAUCAAACGCUCACUUAGUCUCAAGAGGAGUGGGAGCACUGCGAGUGCCAAGCUGAUUGCGCGUGCGCCUCCAGUCAGCUCGGCCGAUUUCGCUGAUCUGCCUGCGUCGUCCAGCUCAUCAUCUGACUUGACAGAGAAGCAGGGUGCCGGGCUAGGCGAUAUGGCGUCGAUUCGGAAGGCGAGAGGACGACACCAGUUCGGAGGGCAUCGACAUCUGGUUCCGGACAUCAGUGAGGACGAGUAUCUCGCCCUCGACAAUGUUCCCAUCCCACCUGCGAGGCUCGCACCCGACACCCAGGAGACGGAUGCCCCGCACGCGCCACUAAAGAACUGCGCUUUGAAGCUGUCGAUGCCCGAGUCGGACAGCAUGCGAGCUGUGGCUGCCGCGCUGGAAGGUUCGACCGACUCGGUGCGUUUCCAUCCGGGCCCCGCCGUGGGCACGCCGAAGCUCGAACCGCCGUCACCAGCCAGCGAUGCGUACAGUGCCGAGAUCCAGAGUCAGCUGCUCAGGGAGACGAGCGAGGACACGGUGACCGACUUGCCGUCCAACGCCCCCGCUGCUGCAGGUUCUGCAUCGAGGGGCUUUUGGGAUGCGGUGCCCGAAUCGGAAGAAUCGUUUGGACCGGGACGGGCGAUCCCUUUCCAGUACGUGACCAACAUGGCGCGGCCCGUGUCGAUUGCGUCGCUGCGCUCUCUCGCCUGCCCCAACACACCACCCCGCACCUCGUCACGUCCGACUUCGCCCGACGGUACCUACCACGGCUUGAGGUCGACCAAGAGCUUCUCGGUCUCGCCGCUCAAGAAGCAGGCUACAUUCAACGGGUUCCCGCGCACGUUUUUCCCGGGCGUAUCGACGCUCAAGCACUCGCCGAGCACAGCGAGCAAUGCGUCGGCGCGCCGUAAGCCCGUCCCGGACGUCAUGCCGGCGCUCGAGUUCGAACAGGUCCACGCCGAGCGCCAGAAACGACGAGCACAACGCGAACAGCACUUGCACCGCGAAGACGACGACGAAGGCGAUGUGGAGCGCCAACUGGGCGACCACACGCGCUCGCACACCUGUUCCAACUGCGGAGUCGUAGAGGAGCAGCGCGACUUUGCUGCGUUCGUCGCCAAAGGCAAAGCCUCGCGCCGCACCUCGGUCAAGCAGCAGACCAUCAAGACGACCGCAGCGGGCUCGUUGAGGAAGAGCAGGUCCGUGGCCAAAAAUGACACCGUGGGCGAGGCGACGCUCAAGCGAUGGGGGCUGGCCGAAGCGUUCCAAUCUGCCCAGGCCGAAUCGUUGGCAGCGGACGUGCCAAAGGUGGCGACGGUCAAGAAGCCCAAAAAGAUGGUCCCCGGUCCAGGCGGUGGUUACAUUACCGAUACAGCCAACAUACGCUGGUGCAGCGCUCUGGACGAGAUCAAGAAGGCGCUCGCUGUGGAUGCUGAGCACCAGCGUGGCCCGACCGAGGACGAAGAGGAAGAGGCUAAAGUGCAAAGGGAGACGCAGACCGCGCUCGCGGAAGCAGAUGCCGUACUCGCUAGGCUUGGUGUCGAGACAUAA